CUCGUCCUUCAUCUCCAUGUGGAGAACAGACGAGCCCGCGCCAGACUCAGGAUAGGAAUAAGCCGCCUCGUUGGAGGGAAGUAGGAGGGCCAGCGGGUGGGCGACUCUGAUCCCUCGGAAGAGGGCAGCCCCAGAGCCUCGAAGUGGGGGGGACGUGGGUCUGGGAGAGGCGCAGCAGCCACAGGCCAAAGCCAGCAGAGCUCCCUCUACACGCACAGCCGCCGCCGCCCCGCCGGCCUGGGGUGCUCACGGCACCACAGCGAGGGCUCCCGCCGCUCCAUGGCCCCCCUGCUGCUGGCGCUGCUGCUGGCUGCUGCCUCUCUGGGUUGCUGCUGCUGCGCGGCAGCCCCGUCGGGGAGCCGCUUCUCCGAGGCGCGGGUGGCGCGCUGGGCAGCGGCGGCCCUGCGGCAGGUGGCGGUGGCGCCGUGUCCUGAGCGCGGCGGGCUCUUGCCAUGGCCACAGUGCCAGCGCCUGGCACGGCUCUCUCAAGGCCCGGGCCCCGCCGUCUAUGUCUCCGAGCCCGCCCGGCCAGGCCACAAGGUGCGAGCGCUCCUGCCCGACGGCUGGGGAGACAGGCCGAGCGCGCCCCUGGUGCCCAGCCGCAACCAGAGCGGCGGCGGCGGUGGCGGUGGCCCGCAGCGCCCGGCCGUCGCGCCCUCGGCACACGACGCCGUCCUAGUGCUGGACCCCAGUCCCGGCGCCAACUUCGGCCACCCGCUUCUCCUCUUCUAUGUCGACUUCAACGUCAGCCCGCGCCGAUGCCGGAGCCGCGACCGUCUCUACUUGGGCAGCUAUGAAUGCCUGACACCAGCCCAGAGGAGCCGCUGUGAGAACCAGCUGAAGCGCAGACCAGGACGUGGCAAGGGCAGGAGCCAGCGGUCAGCAGGACGUAUUCGUCGUGAGGAGCCUCCCGUUGGUCUCUGUGAGAUCCAUUUUCUGCCCAUGGUGGUGGUGGCACAAGACCCAAAACACCUGCAAAAAUUGCACUGCAUGGACCUCCGUGGAUUCAGCCCAUGCCCUCAGCCUCUGCCCCUUGCCAGCUCCAGUUCCACAGCUGCUUAUUGUGAGCUCAACAAGAACACACGGAGGUGUCAUCGCCAACAGCUCCCAAUGUACAAGUCCUGCCGCCUGUAUCAGACGUGUGAUCAUGCCGUGCUGAUUGCAGGUGGCUGGCAGGAGCAGGUGACCUACCCACAUCAUGUCCAUAACCUGGUGCUCUUCUACCAGAUGCUUCGACGGAAUGGCUUCCGUCAAGAGCACAUCAAGGCCUUCUUUGCAAGUGAGGGGCAGGCAUCAGUGGCGAUGGAAAUGGGCGACGUGCACCCGGCCACGGAGAAGCUGGCAAUUCGCUCCCACCUGGCCUUGGUCUGCCGGAGCCUGCACUGUGCUGACUCGCUGGUGCUCUACCUCAACAGCCCAGCAGCCAGUGAUGGCACCAUGCUACUUUGGGAUGCCAACCAUAACGGCAUUGCUGACCUUAAAGAGCGGUACCCCAUCUCAGAGCUCUUAGCAGACUUGGAAAGCUGCAACGCCCGUAGGGUGCUCCUGUUCCUUGACCAGAGCUACUUGGGCCCAUUGGCAAAGAAGCUGCGGGCAUCACGACACCAUCCUAAUGUGGUGCUAGUGCGUGGCACCACCACCAAUGGUGGGUCAGCUUUUGCAGAGUUCUGGGCAGGGUUACAGCCUGAUCAGUGUCUGCUCCAGCAUAUCUUACCGGUGGGCCCAUGGUCUGCAGUCUUGGCUUCUGGUACCCCAGCCCAACUACUCAAUGUCACAUUAGCAGGAGCUCCCUGCCAUUCUGUGCCACCCCUGGGGGAGGAGGAGCGUCAGCGGCGUUACCAAGGCUGCCAGAAUCUGCCCACCAUGUUGUGGUACCAGAGCAGGCACCAGCAGUUGCCACAGGAAGAUGACUGAGCCUGAUGGAGUGCUGCCCUGGGUAUCUCCCUCAAGAUCAGGGCCUUGUUCUGUACCCAUGGGCCCUCCCUGCCCUCCAGAGGUUCCUGGCUUCAAGGGAAAUGGGAGGGAGUUGACUGCCACAGCAGGGCUGGCAUGGAGUUCUCUUUGAACAUUGCUGGGAUAGGUUGCAGCAACCCUAGUGAACUGCUGCACUGGACUCCCUCAUGCCCUUUCCAUCAGUCAGGGCCAAAGGAGAAGCCGGUUGUAGCGAGGCCUGGUCUUCCAUCCUGCCAAGGAUAUGUACAUGGAGACAGGGAAAAUGCUAGAGUCACAGACCAGUGGGAUUCCAGCACUGGGUGAUGAUAAAAAUGUAGCUAUGUGUGGGGCACUGGAAUCGCAACUGAUGUUAAAGUAAGUAGACCACAGGCACCACAGAGAUACAGGAGGGACAAAUGGUACAAUACUUGCCUCAGUGUUCACUGUUCUGCUGCCCUGCAUAUGGCCAUUCCACCCCCACCCCCAGGCUCAGGAGUUAGAAGUGCAGAGCUGCAUAUCACUCUCUUUUUUCCUUGUCUCUAUGGAUAUAAACCCCAAAGCACCGUCUAGUGAGAGAGAAGUGGAGAGAAACACGCUGUAAAACAACCAACUCCUUUAAUAAAAGCACCACUGCUGUUGGUU